AUGGUCGCAGUUCUGGGUGGCAGCCCUGAGCGAGACACAGUCCCUGCUGGUGCUGGCACCGUGGGCCGUCGUCUUGCCCGCUGUUAUAGGUACCGUAAAAAUAAGCCACACCCAAAGUCCCAUUUCCAGGGGAGUCCUGAUGCCAAGAUAAGAAUCUUUGAUCUUGGUAGAAAGAAAGUGAAAGUGGAUGAAUUUCCAUUGUGUGGCCAUAUGGUGUCAGAUGAAUAUGAACAGCUGUCAUCAGAAGCCUUGGAAGCAGCUCGUAUAUGUGCCAACAAGUACAUGGUGAAGAGUUGUGGCAAGGAUGGCUUUCAUAUUCAUGUGCGGCUACAUCCUUUUCAUGUCAUCCACAUCAAUAAGAUGUUGUCAUGUGCUGGGGCUGAUAGGCUCCAGACUGGCAUGUGGGGAGCCUUUGGGAAGCCCCAGGGCACUGUAGCCUGUGUACACAUUGGCCAAGUUAUCAUGUUAAUUCGAACCAAGGUCCAGAAUAAAAAACAUGUGAUUGAAGCUUUGUGUAGGGCCAAGUUCAAGUUCCCUGGCCGCCAGAAGAUCCACAUCUCCAAGAAAUGGGGUUUUACCAAGUUCAAUGCUCAUGAGUUUGAGGAUAUGAUAGCUGAGAAGCAUCUCAUUCCUGAUGACUGUGGGGUUAAGUACAUCCCCAGCAGAGGGUCAUUGGACAAGUGGUGGGCACUCCACUCAUGA